AUGGCGGUGGCUGGCGGAGGCUCGUCCCGUUCCCCGGAAAGGCGGCACGAUCCGCUGUCGCGCUUCACCUGUCCCGUGUGCCUGGAGGUGUACGACAGCCCGGUGCGCGUGCCCUGCGGACACGUCUUCUGCACUCCAUGCCUGCAGGAAUGCCUUAAGCCGAAGAAGCCAGUUUGUGGAGUUUGUCGCAGCACUUUGUCACCUGGCAGCAGAGCUCUGGACUUGGAAAAGCAAAUCGAAACAACUGAAACCACUUGCAAUGGCUGCAAUAAAAAAAUGUAUCUCUCCAAGAUGCGUAGCCAUGCAGCCUCUUGUUCAAAGUACCAGAAUUAUAUAAUGGAAGGUGUGAAAGCUGUCACUAAAGAACCACUUCACAACACCAGGAACUUCCCAAAUCGCUUUACCUUUCCUUGUCCAUAUUGCAGCGAGAAAAACUUUGAUCAAGAAGGACUAGUUGAGCACUGCAAAACACUGCACAGCAUGGAUGCAAAACAAGUGGUUUGCCCAAUUUGUGCCUCAAUGCCAUGGGGAGAUCCAAAUUACAGGAGUGCUAACUUCAUGGAGCACCUUCAAAGACGACAUCGCUUUUCCUAUGACACUUUUGUGGAUUACGAUGCUGAUGAAGAUGAUAUGAUGGCACAGGUUUUGAUCCGUUCUUUAAGGGAUAAAUGAGCCAACUAGAAGAUUAACUGUAACACCAAGCUUCCAUGAGGGGGAAAUGCCCAGCAUCCUCAUGCUUUUCCCUGUACAGUCUAAGAUGAUCUCAGGCAUCUAGAAAUAUGGAGGACUUUUUAAUCCCUAUCUCUGUUUCAAAUCCUGGUUUGAUACUUCUGUGCCACUCAGUUUUAUUACAUGAUACAUGAUAUGCCAUUUUAUUACAUGAUAUAUGCCAUUCAACUCUGUCAGCCUAAUUUUCUUACUUGCCUCACACAAGUUAAUUGUAGGUCAGCAUGGAAGAGACAAAUCUGUUUUCCUUUGCUUAUUCCUUAGGGUUUUUUUUUGCAGUUGUGUUCAUUUGUCUAAAAACAAAUGGAAUGGAGUUAGGUAAUAACUAAUCUCUUGCCAGUCUCAUUUACAUGUCUUAAAUGAUAGUAUGAGAGGUGUAUUUGUAGCUCUGUUUUCCUUUAGUGAGACCUCUAGGUGCUAACUGCAAUUGUCAGACCAGCUCUCAUUUAAAGUGACCUAUGAUGCCUGUGAUUUCAUAACAUUUCCCAGUGUUGGAAUUCUUAAGACACAGCCUCUCACCUGUAUAGAAAACAUCUUCAGUACAAGUCUUUGAUCCACAAACUUCCUUAGUGAGUCUCUGCACCUGUAUAAACAACUAGUUCAGAAGAUUUUAGUUCUAUGCAUGAGUGUUACUUUCUCCCAUACUUUGACUGUAAUUUCUAGGCUGAAAAAUAAACUUUUAAUAUUCACCUUAGCUAAAAGGCAUCAUUUUUUUAACUAUCUUAGGACAUAUGAUUAAUAUUUACUGGCUUUAUGAUUGAUGGUUUUCAAACUGGUUUUCUAGUGAUAUUAAGCCUUAUGCUGAUAGGGGAAAUCAGAAGUUGUUUUUUUUCAAUACCUCUGCUUUCUAAUUAAACUAAAAUUUUUGUAUAUAUUCCUAUUUUUUUUUUCAUCUCUUCAGGAAAGCUGGUAGCAAAUCUUACCAGUAACUCGUAGCACUUGCAUAGCACUACCUUGCUGCAUUACUAAUUUUAGCAGGUAUUUUGAAUUCUUGGUCUUCAUUUAAAUGUUGCUAAAGUAGCUGAAGCUGUACUUAGAUUGUUUUCUAUAUGAGAUUAUAUGUAUAGUUAGCAGGUAUAGCUUUCAAAGAAAAAGUAAAGUAUAAUCCAGGAAGCAGGAUGACAAUUGCAGUAUGUGGUAAAUGGAUACUCUGUAUUCAAGUCUACACUUUUACUGUAGUUUUCUUUCCAGUUUGUUUUAGCUGCUGAGAUCUGAUAAUGUAAGACACCUGAACAGAACUUGUCAAUCACAGUAGUGUUGAGAUGUCUAGUCUAAUUUAAGCAUGUUUGAUUGGAGCAGUGGACCUGCACCACCACAGAAUUGAGUACUAAUUAAUUUAUUUGACCAGUAAACUCAGUGUUGUUGCACUGCAGCAUAGCCUUACCCUUAAAAUAAUGAAGUGCACCCCAGCUAAAACCUCUUGAUUAAACUUCACAUCCAAUGAGGCCUCUAACAUCUUUAAGUUGAACUAGGUUUUAGCUUAUUUUCCCCAACUUGGUAUGGGCUAUUACAGGCUUGUCCUUAAGGUUUGGUGACUGGAAGCUCAGUCUUGCACAGAGGAUCUCAAAGGUAUUGUAGAAAAAACUACUGCUUGGUGUUGGUGAGUUUCUAAUUCUUGAUCUGCAAAGAGAUUGCAAUGUGUUAGUGGUUGGAUGGGGAUUUCUGAGUUCUGGUUAGAACACAGGUUGGUGAUGCCCAUGAUGGGAAUCUGAAUUUCUGCUACUAUUCUAAGUGCACUUCCAUGCAAUUCUGCUAAAAUGUUUAAGGAGUGGCUAGAAGCUUCCAAGCAAUUACUUUGUCAUGUUUUUGACUUUUGAAGACAAGUUACAA